CGGAAGUUGGCGCGGCUGGCGGCCGGCGGUUGCCGAGCAGACUCGGACGCGGCUGGACCCCGAGCGCUCGGUCCGGCGCCGCCGUGGGGCCGCCACCAUGUCGCUGCUGCAGUCGGCGCUCGACUUCCUGGCGGGCCCGGGCUCCCUGGGUGGCGCUGCCGGCCGCGACCAGACGGACUUCGUGGGGCAGACGGUGGAGAUGGGCGAGCUGCGGCUGCGGGUGCGGCGGGUCCUGGCCGAAGGAGGGUUUGCGUUUGUGUAUGAAGCUCAAGAUCUGGGAAGUGGCAGAGAGUAUGCACUGAAGAGAUUACUGUCCAAUGAAGAGGAGAAGAACAGAGCCAUCAUUCAGGAAGUGUGUUUCAUGAAGAAACUUUCAGGCCACCCCAAUAUUGUCCAGUUCUGUUCCGCAGCAUCCAUAGGAAAAGAGGAGUCGGACACCGGGCAGGCCGAGUUCCUGCUGCUCACGGAGCUCUGCAGAGGGCAGCUGGUGGAAUUUUUAAAGAAAACUGAAUCUAAAGGUCCACUCUCGUGCGACACCGUCCUGAAGAUCUUCUAUCAGACGUGCAGGGCGGUGCAGCACCUGCACAGACAGAAGCCGCCCAUCAUCCAUAGAGACCUCAAGGUUGAAAACUUAUUGCUUAGUAACCAGGGGACCAUCAAGCUCUGCGACUUCGGCAGCGCCACGACCAUAUCGCACUACCCGGACUACAGCUGGAGCGCCCAGCGCCGCGCCCUGGUGGAGGAGGAGAUCACCAGGAACACGACUCCUAUGUACAGGACGCCGGAAAUCGUGGACUUGUACUCAAACUUCCCGAUUGGCGAGAAGCAGGACAUCUGGGCCCUGGGCUGCAUCCUGUACCUGCUCUGCUUUGGGCAGCACCCUUUUGAGGAUGGAGCGAAGCUUCGCAUCGUCAACGGGAAGUACGCGAUCCCCACCGACGACACACGCUACUCGGUGUUCCACGACCUCAUCCGUGCCACGCUCAGGGUCAACCCCGAGGAGCGGCUGUCCAUCACGGAGCUGGUGAAUCAGCUCCAGGAGAUCGCGGCCGCCCGCAACGUGAACCCCAAGUCGCCCAUCACCGAGCUCCUGGAGCAGAACGGAGGGUACGGGCACGCGGCCCAGCCUGGGGGCUCCGCGGGCAGCGGCUGCAGCGGAGGCCUGGUGGUCGCUGAGUACGACCAGCCCUACGGCGGGCUCCUGGACAUCUUGCGGGGUGGCACCGAGCGCCUCUUCAGCAACAUCAAGGACACCUCCUCCAAGGUCAUCCAGUCCGUUGCCAAUUAUGCAAAGGGAGAUUUGGAUAUUUCUUACAUCACAUCCAGAAUCGCAGUGAUGUCGUUCCCAGCGGAAGGCGUGGAGUCGGCCAUCAAGAACAACAUCGAAGAUGUGCGGCUGUUUCUGGACUCGAAGCACCCGGGCCGCUAUGCCGUCUACAACCUGUCCCCGAGGACGUACCGGGCCUCCAAGUUCCACCACCGGGUCUCCGAGUGCGGCUGGGCCGCCCGGCGGGCCCCGAGCCUCCGCAGCCUGUACGGCCUCUGCAGGAGCAUGCACGCCUGGCUGCGCCAGGACCCCGGGAACGUCUGCGUGGUGCACUGCGUGGACGGGAGGGCCGCGUCUGCCGUGGCCGUCUGCUCCUUCCUGUGCUUCUGCCGGCUCUUCAGCACCGCGGAGGCCGCCGUGUACAUGUUCAGUGUGAAGCGCUGCCCGCCCGGCAUCUGGCCCUCCCACAAGAGGUACAUCGAGUACAUGUGCGACAUGGUGGCGGAGGAGCCCAUCACGCCCCACAGCAAGCCCAUCCUGGUCAAGGCCGUGGUCAUGACGCCCGUGCCCCUGUUCAGCAAGCAGAGGAACGGCUGCAGGCCCUUCUGUGAGGUCUACGUGGGGGAGGAGCGUGUGACCACCACGUCCCAGGAGUAUGACAAGAUGAGGGACUUUAAAACUGAGGAUGGCAAAGCGGUCAUUCCCCUGGGCAUCACGGUCCAGGGAGACGUGCUCAUUGUCAUCUACCACGCGAGGUCCACCCUGGGAGGAAGGCUGCAGGCCAAGAUGGCGUCCAUGAAGGUGUUCCAGAUCCAGUUCCACACGGGGUUCGUGCCUCGGAACGCGACGACCGUGAGAUUCGCGAAGUAUGACUUGGAUGCUUGUGACAUUCAGGAGAAAUACCCCGACUUAUUCCAAGUGAACCUGGAGGUGGAGGUGGAGCCCAGAGACAGACCCGGCCGCGAGGCCCCGCCCUGGGAAAGUGUGAGCUUGCGGGGGCUGAACCCCAAGAUCCUGUUUUCCAGCCGGGAGGAGCAGCAAGACAUCCUGUCUAAAUUUGGAAAGCCAGAGCUCCCCAGGCAGCCAGGCUCCACCGCGCAGUACGACGCCGAGGCGGGGCCUGCGGACGCGGAGCCCCCGGAGUCGGACUCGCCGCCCGGCGGUGUGGAUGCCGACCGCUUCCUGCACACGCUGGACUGGCGGGAGGACGGGGGCUCCGUGUCGGGCCCGGAGGGUCACCUUGCCGAGGAGGCUCCGUCCGCCGCGGCCGAGGACGGACGUGUGAGUGAGCCGUCCGACGAGGAAGCCCCGACGCUCUCCGCCGAGAGUGGGGACGCGGCCGAUGGGGACACGCCAGGCCCGGAUCCGCCGCAGGAGGACGGCGUGGACCUCCUGGGGCUGCACUCCGAAGCGGGGCCGGCGCCCCCCGUGCAGGCCCGCGGCGGCCCCCCCAGCAACGCGGACCUGCUCAGCUGCCUCCUGGGGGCCCCGGAGGCUGCUCCGGAGGGCGCCACAGGCGGUCUGCUCGAUGGGGACGCGGCCCUGCUCUUCACCAGCCAGCCGCCUCCCCCAGGCGCGCGGACCGCGGCCCCGGCCGCGGACCCCUUCGACCCCCUCCUGCUGCCGUCUGCCCCGGACGCCCAGCCCCGCCCCCAGCCCAGCCUCUUCGGUGAAUUUCUUCGCUCGGACCCUCCAGCUGACCCGCCUGCGUCCUUCCCCUCCGCCCACAGCGCUCCGCCCCCGGCCUGCGAUGCCGACUUCCUGCAUCUGGGGGACCCGCCAGCGGAGCCCGGCAAGAUGACGGCCUCUGCCAGCCACCCGGACCUGCUGGGGGGAUGGGACGCCUGGGCCGAGGCCCCAGCCCCCGCACUGGCUGCGGAAGGCCCCUUCUUCUCUCCUGGAGACCAGCCGGCCCCUCCUGGCCCCCCGGCCAGCCAGACCAAGUCUCAGAGCCAGGAUCCAUUUGCGGACCUCGGCGACCUCAGUUCCGGUCUCCAAGGCUUGCCUGCUGCACCUGCUCCUGGGGGCUUCGGUCCCAAAACAACACCCCCUCCCAAGGCCGGCGGCUCCUGGCGGACGAGUCGACCCCCGGCACAGGGCACCCCGUGGCCCCCCCAAGCCAAGCCACCCCCCAGAGCCGGUGUCCAGCCAAGGCCAAACUACAACCCCAGCUUCAGCGUGAUUGGCAGCCGGGAGGAGAGGGGGGUCCGUGCCCCCAGCUUUGGUCCAAAGCCAAAGGUGUCGGAGAAUGAUUUCGAAGACCUGUUGCCCAACCAGGGCUUCUCCUCCCGGGCUGACAGGAAGGGGCCGAGGACCAUCGCCGAGAUGCGGAGGCAGGACCAGGCGCGGGAUUCGGACCCGCUCAAGCUGAAGCUCCUGGACUGGACGGAGGGCAAGGAGAGGAACAUCCGUGCCCUGCUGUCCACGCUGCACACGGCACUGUGGGACGGCGAGAGCCGCUGGACACCUGUGGGCAUGGCCGACCUGGUGACGCCCGCGCAGGUGAAGAAGCACUACCGCCGCGCCGUGCUGGUGGUCCACCCGGACAAGGCCCGGGGGCAGCCCUACGAGCAGUACGCCCGGAUGAUCUUCAUGGAGCUCAACGACGCCUGGGCCGAGUUCGAGAGCCAGGGCUCCCGGCCGCUCUUCUGAGCCCACGGGUCGUGGUCGCGUGCGCGGCUUGUGGAGCCGGAAGCUGCUGGCUGGGCCUGGAGGGUGGCGCGGGGCACGCGGCGUGGGCUGGCGCGGCUGCACCCGGUCGUCCUGUCGCGCUCGGCGGAUCCGGAGCUGCCGCGGCUUCCGACGCAGGACGAGAGCGCAUUCCAAAGCUUCCGAGCUCUUCCUUUUUCUCUUUUGGUCCCUAAGGAAAAGUGACCUUUCGUGUUUCUCCCACACGUGUCACGGUCUGUGAUUUGUCUUGUCUGGUGGCGCGGCCGCUGGGGGGAUGGCGCUGCUCUGCGGUCCUCAGAGUCGGCGCGUGAACAACCCGCCUGGUGACCACCUGUACAUAAUUAAACUAUUUUCUGAUGA